UUGUUUCGAUAUUAACUUCCUUACAGAUAUUGUUAAACAUUAUGUGCAAUAUAAUACGUAUCUUGGAGUUCAGUGUUUGUAGACCGCCGAUGAAGGAGAGACGUGUGGUUUUGAUUGUUUUUGGGUCACUCGUGAUGACUCAUCGGAUUCCAUUAGCAGACUGAAAAUGGCUGAAGGAGGAAUCGAACAUAGUGUGUCAGACACUGAGGGCGUUCCCAGAAACAGCAGCCUACACAGUGAUCACUCAGGGAAUUAUGUCGAAAAAACGUCCGUUGAAGUCUGCUAUAUAAUGACACAUCUGGGAUACGGAGAGGAAAUCAGACGGAGAAGAAUUUUGAAGCACAGGGAGAAGGAUAGUAUAAGGAAUGCGAGGCGUGUUACAAAUCGACCCUAUAUGAUCACAGCUGGAAGCAAGGCUGAGGGUCUGUCCUUCUUUUACGAAAGCGACCAUGACUUUUUAUUCAUACUGAACGUUGUCCUCUGUGUGGAAGUUGGAGUUGAUCUACACACCAUACCAGACGACAUAGAAGUUUACAGGAUGAAUACACGUGUUUACCCUGGGCACUGCAGGAUGUUACUGGAGAGACAAGGUUCUACACGUUUAGAUGUAAUUCAGAAGGCUCUAUAUGAUGACGGCAAAGGACACACUAUGCUUAGCAGUGGUUUAUUUGUUGAUGAAUUUGCGAAAACUAAAUCACUUGGGGUCCUACGGGAACUUGCAGGCCCGCCAGUACCGAGGACAAUAAACGGGCGUAUCAAUAUGGACUAUGUAUCCGCAAUACCGUGUCAAUGUCCAAGUAUCAUGCAGCGUUGGGCUGAACGACCUCGAAAUUGGCCGACCCCAGAUGUCGUCCGGAAAGUCGUAUCUUUGGGAUCUUUUGUUACCCCGGUAGGGUUUAAAGAGAGUGAGUAUAAAUUCUUAGAGUGGAGGAUUUGCUUUAACACGGGUGAAACAGAACUCGUUAACAAUCUUAGCACAACACAGGCGAAAUUGUAUGUACUUUUAAAAAUGAUCGUGAAAGAUAGACUUAAUCCAAAGAAAAAAGAGGUAACAUCAUACGUGCUGAAAAAUAUAAUAUUAUGGCAAGCUGAAAGCAAUUCACCCACACUAUUUCAAGAAAAUAAAUUGUUCCAUUGGCUGCAUGACGCAAUGAGAACACUCAAAACUGCAAUAGCCUUUACACAGCUGCCAUACUACAUGAUCCCUGACCGAAAUCUGAUGGCGGCCUGUGGAUUGCAGGAUGAACAGGGCGUAAAUGGGUAGCAGUUAUCACGGACAUGAUGGAGGAAGGGCCAAGUGUGAUUCUGAGAUUGCCGAAGAUACGACAAGCAAUUAUCGGUCACCCAGAGCCGCUUCUGUGGUUCAGCAAGAGAAGGAUGAUACUAGAGAUGAUAGAUUUGGAAUGGAGGUUAAGAAUCGGGCAAUGUAGAGAUGAGAACGGAGUGUGUGAUUACUCGGAUAUCAUCCUGCAGAAGUUAAAGAGACGGCGAGCUUCGAUAUUGAAAAUUGUCGGUAUACGAAUGUUUAUGGAAGGCAGCGCUCCGAAAGACAUAUUGCGAAGAAUGUUGAGUUGAAAUGAAUUGACCGGAUAUGUUCAUUCGACCGCAAAUGUACAUAGAGAAUAUUAUGUUAGUUUUGGAUAAAGAUCAUGUUUAUCAUGGAGGCUUAGAACCGAUGCAGCGCGAGGCUUACCGAGCGCUAACAUGGUUCGAGCCUAGCAUGAUAAACUUGAUCUUUAUCUUAAACUCACACAAUACUCUAUUUAUCCUAUUAUUUCCUCCCUAUUUUCCAUUAAUACUUAUCAAAUAUCGCAUUUUUUGACGAUUUUGUUUUUCCGUAGUUGACAAAAACAGAUUCUCCAAUUUUUGGAAAACCCCAAAUCUGAUCUAAAAAUAGUGAUAGUAUAAAGCUCAAGUUUAUACGAUCGUUGUUAUACUAUCAAUUUUGAUCUGGUAAUAGGAUAAAAAUGGAUUUACGCGGGUUGAAUUAGGUUUGUUAUGGCAAGUUAAAGCAUUUAGAAAACUUGCAGUGAAAUAACAGCCUCUCAAUGAUUUGUAAUACUGUAUGUAGUAGAAUUAAUUAAAAUGAAAAGUUACAGCAAGAUUCGAUCACAUCGGGUAUGACUAGGAUGAUAAAAGGGCUGUUUGCGUUUACUUACAUGUACACAUUCAGACAAAAUUGUAUGUAAGUUUAAAAAUCAUUGUGAAAAAGUACUCAAACCAGACAAUUUAUUGUAAAUAACAUCAUAUGUGAUGCAAAAAUAUAAUAUUAGCCAGCUGAGUACAAUUCACCUGCAUUUUUUCACAAAGGACUUGAAGCCCCUUGUUAAAUGACGCCAUUGGAACAAUCAGAACUGAAAUAUCCUCUACACAGUUGUAAUAUUCUUGAGCAAAAUGUGAAUGCAGCUUGUGGAUUUCGUGAUGAACAACAUAGUGAAUGGGAAGCAAAUAUCAUGGACAUGAUGGGUUACUCCAGUCCUAGAUUGUCGAACAUAUGAUAAUAAUGAGAUGAAGUGAUAUAUUUUAUUCAUCAUGCAUGUAACAACUAUUUUUUAUUUGUAUGCUUAUAGCGAACUGUAAGACUAUGCUUUUUAUAAAUACACAAAGAAA